CGCCACAGCCAGUAGAGCCAAGCUAAGGGAGCGAAGAAGGUGGUGGCGUCUUAGUAGAGGUCGCGGAACGGAGGCGGGCAAGCAGCAUGGCAGCAGCGUUAAUGCUCCGAGCCUCCGUUAGCUUGCUGCACAGGCAUGGGAAAGUCUGUGCAGACUGGCUCGCUCGGGUGUCUUCUAGGGCAAUGGCUUCCAAAACUCCAGUUGGAUUUAUUGGUUUGGGAAAUAUGGGAAAUCCAAUGGCAAAAAACCUUGUGAAACAUGGUUAUCCCAUUAUCGCAUGUGAUGUAUUUCCAGAAGCAUGUAAGGAAUUCCAAGAGCUGGGUACCCAGGUGGCUGAUUCUCCAGCAGAUGUAGCAGAUAAAGCAGAUAGGAUUAUUACAAUGCUUCCAUCUAAUCCUAAUGCAAUAGAGGUUUACAUAGGUACCAAUGGAAUUCUCAAGAAAGUGAAGAAAGGUUCUUUAUUAAUAGAUUCCAGUACAAUUGACCCUGAAGUUUCAAAAGAACUAGCUAAAGAAACUGAAAAAAUGGGAGCUGUUUUUAUGGAUGCCCCUGUUUCUGGUGGUGUUGGAGCUGCUCGUGCAGGAAAUCUUACCUUCAUGGUCGGGGGAGUAGAGCAGGAAUUUGAUGCUGCAAAAGAGCUGCUCACAUGUAUGGGUUCCAAUGUGGUCUAUUGUGGAGAAGUUGGAACUGGACAGGCUGCAAAAAUCUGCAAUAAUAUGCUGUUAGCCAUCAGCAUGAUUGGAACUGCUGAGACCAUGAAUCUUGGAAUCAGGUUAGGGCUUGACCCAAAGCUUCUGGCCAAAAUCUUAAAUAUGAGUUCAGGCCGUUGUUGGUCAAGUGAUACAUACAACCCUGUGCCAGGAGUAAUGGAUGGGGUACCUUCUGCUAAUAAUUAUCAAGGUGGCUUUGGAACAACCCUUAUGGCUAAGGAUCUUGGCUUGGCCCAGAUUUCUGCCACCAACACCAAAUCUCCAGUCCCACUUGGAUCCCUAGCCCAUCAGAUUUACAGGAUCAUGUGUGCCAAGGGUUAUGCCCAAAAAGACUUCUCAUCCGUAUUCCAGUUUUUACGGGAAGAAGAAAACUUGUGAAAUCUCUGUUGACUUUUAACUAGAGACAUUGUUUAAAAAAAUAUGUAUUUAGAGCCUCUUUCAGAUUAAUCAAUAAAUACAUGAGUUUAAUCAAAGGUUAAAUUUAAUCAUGAUCUCACCCAUUUUCUGUAUUCUAAAGUCACAGCUAACUCCCAAGGUUUCCUAUCAUUUCAAAUACUGUGGAAUUCUUUUUAAUAAUUUAUAUAUCUUGCUUUUUAAAAAGUGCAGUAGCAAGAUUUAAAGAAAACUCAGUAUAUUUGUAUUUACUUACCUACUUCCAAAUAAUCCUUUUCCAAGCUUGUUAUGAAUUUGGCAUGAAUUUUAAGUUGGAUUGCAAAAUGGACAUGGCUACUAGUUUGGGAACAGUUUUUCUGAACUGAAUAAGUAUAACGGUUAAAGAGAUCCUGAACUUCCUAAGUAAUAUUCCAAUUUACUUUAAAACAAAAAUAUUAUAAUCAAGAAUUAAUGAUAAAAAUCUGUUGCAAUUUAUUUGAAAUCUGGUGCUUAUGGUUUUGGAAAGUCAUAGUAAAAAUAACAUAAUAAAAAUAACAUGUUUCACAUUUUUUCCUCAAUAGCCUAAUUUUAUAUAUUUUUAAUUUUGUCAUCUUUUCAACAGAUUCAUGAUUAGUUCCUUUACUGACAUACAGAUAUCUUUGUAUUAUUAUACAUCUAAAUAAAUAAAUCCUUUGAAAUCUAAGGUAAUGAUCACAAGAAGAAAUAUAUGGGCUUAUUGUGAGGGGGUAUUCUCUUGCUUUUAUUAUGAUCAGAUUCUAUUCAUGGUCCUACCAAUAAAAAUGCAUUUGAAAACUACAUAAGAGAAUUAAAGACCUGUCUUGCCUAAACGAGAGCACAUAGUGUAAAGAUCUGUUGAUUGGUGUGUUAUUAAAUUUCAAUUUUGGUUUGUUAAGAAUGCAGUCAAAACUAUUAAAAUGGAUAACUACGAUAGAGAAUAUAUAAGACCAUUCUUCUUUAUUGUUACAGUAAUUCUUGAAACUCUGCAUGAAGAGAAAUAAUAAACAUUAAUCAGAAUUGCCUGAUCACCAUAGCUUUUAACAGGGCAAUUGAUCAACCUACAAAUUAUGAAUACUCCUAUAAAAAUGUAAUGAAUUACCAACAGAAUUGGAUCCCUUUAGAACAUGUUCCCCAUAUUUGUUACUGUCACCAUGAGUCCUAAAACUAGUAUUUGUCCUAGAACUGAAGUAAUACAUUUUUAUAUAAUCCUUUUUAUAAUUAGCUAUAAUUAUUCAACUGAUUUCAGAUCACUCUUGUGAGGGUUUAAGUGUGGUCAAAAUGAACAAUACGGCAGCAGAAAAUUUGCUGGGUGAUUUAAAAUAUAGAGUCAAAAAGACUGAAGAAAGUUCUCUGCUGGUUCUGUAGAUCUGACAGAUGAUAGGGCAGAUUUGAUAAAGACCGCACAUAAACACAUAGAACAUACUGGACAGUAAGCAGUCAAAGUGUUCCAACUAAGAAUGCUAGAAAUAUGAAAUGGGUGAAGCUUCCUCUUUCAUUUUGAUAGACAAGGCUAUAGGGGGAAAAUACAGCCUGUUAAUUAAAGGUACUUAGAACAGAGAUAGAAGACUUCCUUUUCAUGGAGUGGAUUCCUUACUAGAUUGGAGUACUAGGUUUCAUUUCCCAAGCACUACGUGGGAUUGUUUCUAUUUUUUUUAUAAUUAGGCAUUCUACACAAUCAGCUAUAAAUGUGAAAUAAAUUUUAAGUGCUUAAUUUUCUACAGUGGUAUGAUAAAAAAAACAAAAACUACAAAUAGUAGAUUAAGAGUUUGUCUUCUUCCAGUCAACAUUUUCCAACUUUUUUUUUCUGGAGUUUGAAAUUUUUUUCCAAAGCCAUUUGGUGGAAUAGAGCCAGAAAAAAAUCCUGAUAUAUAUUAUUGUUUCAUUAAAAGAAAUGGCUAUGUAGCCUUGUUGGGAUAAUUGCAGUUAGUUACAUAGCAUAGAUUUUGUUGCUAAACAGUUUAACAUGAAAAUUUUUUAGUCUUAUGUCUACUAAUAAGUAAAUUGGGAUGUUUACUCACAUAAAUUUCUUUGAGUUCUGUUCUGUGUUCCCAUCCCAGGUCAAUAUAUGCAAUUGCACGAUUUAGUAAUUGAAACACCAUCAGUUUUGUGGCAAUAGGUUCUACCUAAAGAAAAAGUAGGUGGACAAAAACUGAAAAAGCCCAAAUAUUAGUGUAGAUAUAUGAACACCAACUAAUGCUAGGACAAAAAUGAUAUUUCAGUGCUUUAUAACAUCACACAAUGUUUUAUAUGGUCCUAUAGGCAGAAUUAAAGGGGAAUGGAAUAUGUAAAAAAAAUCCCCUUGUCAUUGCUUAAUUAUGAAAACAGUUUGUGUAGAUGGCAAUUUUAAAUAAAUCAGCAGAUAAAAUUUGCAAAGUAUUCUGUUGGCUGGCAGUCACAAAAAAGGGCUGUAAUCCACAAUAUAAAGCAACAGAAUUGUUUUGAGCAUGAUAGUGGUUUCAAAUUGUGUGAAUUGUUAUGUUAAAUAUCUGGAGAUGCCAUCUUGUUUAUCCCAGUGUAGAGAAUAUGGUUUUAUUUCUGUCUGAAGUUUUAUACAUUUUGUGAGCAAUUAGUUUCUGAAGUUUUUUUUUAAGCAUGUCAUAUUAUAAAAAUGUGUACUGGAUGACUUUAAUCUCUUCACAGCUCUUUGAAACCUAAACUAAAUUGUGAAAUUAAUACUUAAAAUGGCUACCACUCAGAAAAUAGAACAUUUCUGUAAUAGAUUUAUCACUCUUGUGUCUGAUUUUAUAAUUUAUCAUAAAUUGUAUCAUAACAGAAGCACAUGAUUUAUUAAAUAUAUAAAACUAUA